AUGAUGGCAUCUCGUUUCUUCGUCCGUUCUAUGGCCUCAGCCGCCAAGUCAGUCAAGCCACCUGUUCAAUUGUUCGGUGUUGACGGUACUUACGCUAAUGCAUUAUACUCGGCAUCCGUCCAAGAUUCAUCAGUUGAAAAAACGUACCAAUUUUUAGGUACAAUCAACGAAUUAGUUGAGAAUGAUGCUCAAGUCAAGGACUUUUUACAUAACCCAGCUUUAACCAAGGAUGAUAGAUCCGCCGUGAUUAAAGCACUUUCAUCCGGAUUGAAAUUAGACAAGACCACUUCCAACUUCUUGAAUGUUUUAGCCGAAUACAACAGAUUAUCUCACUUCCAAAAUGUCUACAAGGAAUUUGCCAAGUUGAACGAUGCCCACCAAGGACUCGUUGAAGCCAAGGUUACAUCCGUCAAGCCAUUAGACUCCAAGAUCUUGAAGAGAUUACAGGCUUCCAUUGGUAAGUCAUCAUUUGUUGGGGAAGGUAAGACCUUAAAAUUGACUAACGACGUCAACCCAGAUAUUGUUGGUGGUUUGGUUGUUGAAGUUGGUGACAGAACUGUUGACUUGUCCGUCUCAGCUAAGAUUGCUAAGUUGAACAACACCUUAGGUGAAGCUUUAUAA